AUGUUGUUAUAUGUUAGAAUGUGCUAUCGGAGUGAUAAAGGAAGACCAACAAUUUGACGAGGAGCUGAGCUAUAAAUGAAUGGAUUAAAGUUUACAGGAACAUGAUAAGACUAUCAAGGAAACAAUGUCUAUUAAUUUGUUUCUUUUUAUUGGAAAUUCCCAAAACUGGCAUGGCCAGCGAUCAGCAGGGAAACAUCACAAACGAAACUACAUCAGACAAAACAGGUCUAUUGUCCAUCAGGACGGGUGGAGAGCAAAAUAAUGAGGCUCAAUAUUACAGUCGAAGGAGGCGUGCAGCUGGCGAUACAGAGUAUGCUGCUGUUAUUGAAAUAAGUUUUGAUGAUCCUAAUAUGGGAACUCAAUUAAAAGCUAUUCUGGAAGACACUGAGGUAUACCAAUCAUUGGUGGCAUCAUCAAUAACAAUCACAAAAUCAAGCAUAACAUCAGUUGUUGGAGGUAUCUCACAGUUCCCAACCCCUAUUUAUGCUGGAGACACUUUGACCAUAAAUUGUCAGUUCAUUGGAUUAAGCAAUGACAUUUUCUGGACUUUUAAAUCUCAACGGCUUUCCAAUGACUCAAGGCACACAAUUAUGAACAACGUACAGGAGUCCAUUCUGAAAAUAACAAAUGUUGCAUCAACGGAUGCAGGUAACUACACAUGUAACGUAAACACACAAUCAUUACCACAGGUGCAAAGCACAGUUGUUGAUGUUAAGAAUCUAAACAUUGCUACCACAGGUAACCUUGACGCUGUCUGUGAUGGGACAAAAUACAAUUUAACUUGCUGCAUUAGUGACAGUGGUACGUUUAAUGUCACAUGGAGUUUCACAGGAAAAAUACCGGUUUACGGAAGUGCAACAUAUAAUUCACCCUGCAAUAUAUAUACCAUCCAGGCCAGCAUUUCACAAUGUCCUCUUGACCUAUCCGGCAAUGUUACAAGGUACAUAUGUGAAUAUAAAGGACUUGGCAAUGGAACAAUAGGCACUGGAACAAUAGAUGUUACCUAUAUAAGAAAAGCAAAUGUCUAUAUAUCUUCAGUCUCAGCAGUUUCAGUUGGAAAACCCCUUAAAAUCAACUGUCAAAUUGAUGUUUAUAAUUACAACAAAAUUCAGUGGGCAAGGAACACCAUUGAUAAUGUCUUGGCCAAAGGUUUAAAUCAACCAUAUCUUUCAACAGAUAUCGCUAACAAGGAAUGGGCAGGUACCUACUUCUGCAUCGUCUAUCAAAAUAGUAUAUCAAGCUCUGCGAAUACAAGUGUGAGAAUAGUAGAUUUACCUACAAAGAACGCAAUUGAAGUUGAUCCGAUUCUGGUUUCAGUCAUGUGUAAUGACAAGCAGAAAAUGAAUUGCUGUUUUAACAAAGGAGGAGAUGUUUCUGUUAAUUUCAAAGGGUCUGACAAUACUGUAAAUCCGGGUAGUCUGGACCAAACUGUUGGAAACCAGGCUUGCUAUACUACAACUCUCACUGUGGAGUGCAAUGCAGUAAAACAAUUAAACGUAGAGUGCAAUAUAACCAACGAAUUGGGAGAUAGUGUUACAAGUGAGGCAAUGACCAUAAACACUUGGAUCAAAUCAGCUGAAUCUCUUUCUUGUAAUCAAUUGGAAGGUGUGCCCGAAUCCCCUAAUGGGGCAAAUUAUUCGGAAUCCUGUCAGAAAUUUAACAAAAGCGGAACUGUUGACUACACUUGUACCAAUGGGAACUGGAGCAAAACAGAUAAUUGCUAUUCCACACUGAUACAUAACCAACUUCUGGCUAUUGAGUCUUUGAAAAAUGAUCCACAACCCUCAGUAACAUUGCCGAUUUUUCUCCAAAAUCUUUCCAAUGUCUCAAUAAAUAACAAAAAUGAAAUCUCAACUUCAACACAAAGCAUUAAUGUUAUGCUCACAAUCAUUUCUACGGUUUCAAACAUUAGCAUAACAGUGCAACCAGCAAUGAUGGAGAAUUUUGUCAGUACCGUAAAUGUCCUUGUGGACAACACUACUGCCUGGAGAAAUAUAAAAGAAAAGGGACCUGAUAUCCUUAAAUCUGUUGAGCUAUUUGCUGAAAGACUUCAAGAUGGCGACUUUAGUACCAAUGAAUCUAACAGCAAUAUUCAGUUGAAAGCAAAAACGUUAAAUUCAUCCCUCGGCUACAUGGAACCUUUUGAGCUGAACAACCUAACAAGCACUGUGACUAUUAGAAACGAUUCGCUUCCAAAUAAGAAAAUCACAAUAGUCAGUAUAGCUUACUCGACCAUGAAAGAUAUUUUGCCGCCGGCAGAAAAUAAGUCACUUAGUGAACUGGUUAUUUCUACAGUUAUCGGUGAGGCAAUAGAUUUUACUAAUUUUACCAUCACAAUGACAUUUCCCAAUCAAAACCAGUCACUGAUCAGCCCACAAUGUGUGUACUGGGACUUUAACCUGACCCAGUCUGGUGGCUGGAAUGACAAAAACUGCACUCCUAAAGAAGAAAAUGGGACCGUAACCUGCAACUGUAACCACCUAACUUCCUUCUCAAUAUUAUUCUCUCCUUCCCCUAACAAUCCAAAUAAUGGGUCAGCUGUUAAUAAUAAUAAUAAUAAUACUAAUAAUAAUGAUUUGGAAAUAAUAACAUAUGUUGGGGUGGGCAUUUCCAUUGCAUCGCUGGUCAUUGCCCUCCUAAUUGAGUUCAUUGUAUGGAGGUCAGUAAUUAAAAACAAGACUUCCUAUAUGCGCCACGUCUGCCUUGUGAACAUCGCGGUAACACUCCUGGCUGCAGAUAUUUGGUUCAUGAUUGGAGCGGGUUUAGAGAAGGAUCCAAACACAAAUGCAUGUUUAGUUGCAGCCUUCUUCAGCUUUUACUUCUAUCUGGCCUUGUUCUUCUGGAUGCUUGCAAUGGGUCUCCUUCUGUUUCACCGUAUGAUUUUCACCUUGCAAGAACUGAGUAGAAGCACUAUGUUGAUAACUGCUUUUAUCCUCGGGUACGUGUGUCCUCUAAUCAUUGCUGUAAUCACUGUGGGUUCUACAAUCCAAAACCAGCAGUUCACCAGUGGCACUUAUUGCUGGCUUGAUUACAAUAGAAGCAUGUCAUUCCUUGCAUUUGUUGUGCCCUCAUUAACCAUCGUGUUCAUUAAUUGUGUCAUCUUGCUGGUGGUCAUCUCGAAACUACUGAGACCUUCUGUUGGUGAAAGAUCAAGAACAGAUGACCGAUUAAUCUUGAUCCAGAUUACUAAAAGUAUUGCAGUUCUCACACCUCUUUUAGGUAUCACCUGGGGUUUCGGUCUCGGCCUGGUAAUUGAGACUAAUAAGACUAAUAAGGUGUUGCACGGAAUUUUUGCAGGCCUCAACUCAUUCCAGGGAUUAUUCAUUUUAAUCUCAACUGUGCUACUGGACCAGAAGGUAAGACUGGCAUUGAGAAACACAAUUUCAUCAUCCUACUCUUCUACAUUUAGAGCAAGAGUACAGGCAUCCUCUACAAAUUCAUCCGUACCUUCUUCAGGACUUCCAAAAAGGAAAAAAUUAUUUCCCAAAAGAGGUGCUUACAAUGUAUUCCAUGCUCAAAGUUCCUCAAAUGAAACAUCGACAAACUCAUAUUCCGUACUUUCAUGACAGAAACACAAUUUUUUACAUUGAAUCGGUUAGAAAUAUACUAACAGAUGUCAAGACUUUA